AGGAAUAUUCUUCUGUAAGAAAAUUAGGGAGUUGUCAGAGAUGUAAAGCUAAAGGUUCGCAAGAUUGCUUUCGUUUGGCCAAGUGUUUUGAGGUUUUGGGAUUGUUUUUGGAGAUGCUGGUGUUUAAACUUAGUUAUUCAGCAGGUGGUCUGGCAGUAGCUGUACGUGAUAAAGGAGUUUGCUCAUAGCAAGUCCUGUCCCCACUAGGCUAUCAGCAUCUUAGCUUGCUGUUUUCUUUCCAGUCCUUUCUUACUCCUGUUUUUGCAAAUAUUACAGCAGCUUCAACUUCCUUCCUGGGAUGAAAAUCCAUGAGUUCAUCAGCCAAGAUGGAGCUUCAGUUUUGGCCUGAUUUGGUUUCUCUCUUGACAAAGCUGAAUGGUUGGACACUCUUGGUGGUUCUGGUCAUGUUCCUUUUGAUUAUUGACUUUGUGAAAAAGAGACGACCCCGGAAUUUCCCUCCAGGGCCACAGGUCUUUCCUCUUGUGGGAACCCUUGUGGACUUAAAGCAGCCCCUCCACCUCGCACUGCAGAAGCUUACCGGUCGGUACGGGAACAUCUUCAGCGUGCAGUUUGGAAGCCUGACGUUUGUGGUAGUCAGCGGGUACCAGAUGGUGAGAGAAGCUCUUGUCCACCAGGCUGAAAUAUUUGCAGAUCGGCCAAAUAUUCCACUCCUCCAAGAAAUAUUUAGAGGCUUUGGGCUCAUAUCAUCCAAUGGGCAUAUAUGGAGGCAGCAGAGAAAGUUUGCUUUAGCAACACUGAAGAGCAUUUCUGUAAGUUUUGAGGAAAAAGUGCAAGAGGAGAGCCGGUACCUCGUGGAGACGAUUGAGGAGGAGAAAGGACAACCAUUUGACCCUCAUUACAAAAUUAAUAGCGCUGUUUCGAACAUCAUCUGUUCCAUAACUUUUGGGAACCGCUUUGACUACCAUGACAACCGUUUUCAGGAAUUACUGCACUCGCUGGCUGAAACGCUGCUGCUCAUUGGAAGUUUCUGGGGCCAGCUGUAUAAUGCUUUUCCUUUGGUCAUGCGAUGGCUGCCAGGACCCUUUAGGAAAAUCUUCAGGCACUGGGAGAAACUUCAAUAUUUUGUGAAAGGAGUGAUCGCAAAGCACAAGGAGGAUUUGGACCAGUCCGAGGCAGGGGAUUAUAUUGACUGUUACCUGAAGGAAAUAGAAAAGUUUAAGGAUGACACCAGCUCAUAUUUCCACGAGGAAAACCUGCUGUGCUCCACCCUGGACCUCUUCUUAACUGGGACUGAGACAACGGCGACUGCCAUCCGCUGGGCUCUGCUCUACAUGGCCGUGUACCCCCACAUUCAGGAGAAAGUGCAGCUUGAAAUCGACACAGUGAUCGGCCAGUCCCGCCAGCCCAUGAUGGCCGACAAGGAGAACAUGCCGUACACCAGCGCGGUGCUGAGCGAGGUCCUGCGGGUGGGCAAUGUUGUGCCUCUGGGGGUGCCCAGGAUGUCCACCAGCGACACUACCCUGGCCGGCUUCCACCUGCCCAAAGGCACCACCCUGAUGACCAGCCUGACCUCGAUAAUGUUCGACAAAAACGUGUGGGAGACUCCAGACACCUUUAAUCCUGAACAUUUCCUGGAAAACGGCCAGUACAGGAGGCGGGAGGCUUUUCUGCCCUUCUCUGCAGGCAAGCGGGCCUGUCCCGGGGAGCAGCUUGCCAGGACCGAGCUCUUCAUCUUCUUCACAGCCCUCCUGCAGAAGUUCACCUUCCAGGCGCCGGCGGCUGCCACGCUGACCUUCGCCUUCACGCUCAGCCUCACGCGCUGCCCCAAGCCCUUCCAGAUCUGCGCGCUGCCUCGUGACUGAAGGCCGGCGUGGGGCUGCCCUCCAACCCCCUGCUUCAGCCCUCCGCAAGCCAGAAAGUGUCCCUUCGGCCACCCGCCCCGCGGAGUUCGGGCUGAAAUGGUGAACUAUGGGCAUCUCGUACCCACCAGCAGGCGGGUGGCCACGGGAAGGGCAGAGGGCCACAUCUUGCAUGCUGCAGCAAGGACAACCCUUGUGGCUCUUCCCUUCACCUCCUGCCUCCUCCCCUCUAUCAGUUCAACAAAAUGCAUGAAUUUAAAAGCUU